AUGACAGGGCAACUGCAUGUGGGAAGAGCUGAUGGGGGGGGGGGGCACUGCCCCAACACCACCCAGAAAACAUUGUCUUCACCUUGGUAUGCACAGCAAGAUAAGCUGAAACUUUUGAGCACUAAGUGGACUCUGGCUAUUAUUUCUUGUAUCAGCGACUGCAGACUUUUUGUCCUCUAUAAGAAUAUCAGGUUUAAUUUGCUUAAUGUGUCCAUACCCUGCUCAAGUCCGACAUUCACCUGCAUUCACCCACAGCGAAUGCAUGACCCACCCACCAACCCACUCCUCACUCCCGUUCCCACUCCCACUCCCACUCUCACUCUCACUCUCACUCCUAGUCCUAGUCCUAGUCCUAGUCCUAGUCCUAGUCCUAGUCCUAGUCCUAGUCCUAGACUUAAUCCUA